AUGGCGCUGUCUUCGCCUGUCCCAAGACUCGUCAUCGUCGCAGGCGGUCAAUCACCCGAGCAUGACAUCUCACUGCGAUCUGCAAGACGUCUGUUUGAAGACUUGCGACAAGAAGGUUCCAUAUCCGUCCACGUCCAGAUUGUGAGACGUGAUGGAACCUGGCUUUCUCAGGGGGAGAGCGGCCGUGUGAUCGUACAGGAUCAUGAAAUUCCCAAAAUCUCCGAGUCCGCUGGCGACCCUAUGAGCCCUGGAGUCUUCGCGGAACUGGUUCAGAAAGACAAAAUCGUCCUGCCGAUGAUCCACGGGGCUACGGGAGAGGAUGGGACGCUACAGGGCUUCCUGGGUAUCCUCGGGAUCCCAUACAUAGGCUGCGGCGUCCGCUCGUCUGCAGUCUGCAUGGAUAAGGCUGUAUUCAAGGCUAUCGCCAGUCAGAAAGGCUUUCCCCAAACUCGAUACAUCACCCUACAGCGCAAUGUCUGGCAACAGGCUCCUGCUUUGGAGAGCCUGCGAAACCUUCGAAGGCCGCUUGUUGUAAAGCCGUCGAGUCUGGGCUCUUCGAUCGGCGUAGCCAAAGUAGAUUCCGAUGAAGAGCUCCAGCGUGCCGUCGAUACUGCUUUGGAAUUGGACUCGACCUGCAUCGUCGAGGAGGCCGUCCGCACCAUGUGGGAGUUUGAAAUCUGCGCCAUAGGGCCAACUUUCUCGCCCCGGCUGAGCUGCAUCGGGAAAAUCGUCAACAAAAACAGCUUCGUGGGAUACGAGGACAAAUACGGGGCAGAGGCGACCAACGAAUUCGAAGUCCCCGCCGAAAUCGCCCCGUCGUUGGCCGAACGGGUUCGGGACAUCGCCAGGGAAGCAUACGCCGUUUUCGGCUGCGAGAGCAUGGCUCGGAUCGAUUUCCUCUACGACGUCGCGGGCGACGGGCUUCUCCUGAACGAGAUCAACACUCUACCCGGCUUUACGCGGACGUCGUUGUUCCCGGUGUUGUGGCGGGAGUCGGGAAUCUCGUUGCCCGAGCUGCUACGGACGCUCAUGGCGGAUGCGAAAGGUUGA